GACACCGACACCGACACGCGCGCAGCAGACCCGCGAGCAUCACCGACAGAGCUUCCCCGCCACGGGAGCUGCAGACCCGACUCUGGGAGACCCUGUACCCCGCAGCGCCUCAGGCCCGCGCGGCCGGAGCAGGGAGGAGGUUCCCAGGCUCCAGCGCUGCCAUGUGAGCUGCAGGGGCGACUCGCACCUGGCGCCGCACCUGGGGCUCCGCGGCCCUCGGGGACAAUGCGCGCCUCCAGCAGUCACCGCGUCCGCACCUGACCAUGGAGUGCGCCCUCCUGUUCGCGUGCGCCCUCCGGGCAGCCGAUCCCGGGCCGCCGUGGGGCCCCGCGGGACUAGGGCGUCUGGCCAAGGCGCUCCAGCUGUGCUGCCUCUGCUGUGCUUCGGUGGCCGUCGCCUUAGCCAGUGACAGCAGCAGCGGUGGCAGCGGAUUAAAUGAUGAUUACGUCUUUGUCACGCCCGUCGAAGUGGAUUCGGGCGGGUCAUAUAUCUCACACGACAUUUUGCACAACAGGAGAAGGCGAUCGGCGCACGGUGCCAGCAGCUCCCUGCACUACCGCUUUUCAGCAUUUGGACAGGAUCUACACUUAGAGCUUAAGCCCUCGGCCAUUUUGAGCAGUCACUUUACAGUCCAGGUACUUGGAAAGGACGGCGCUUCCGAGACUCGGGAACCCGAGGCGCAGCAGUGUUUGUAUCAGGGAUUUAUCAGGAAUGACAGCUCGUCCUCUGUUGCUGUUUCUACGUGUGCCGGCUUGGUAAGUCCGCCCCGGUCUAACGGAGCUCACACUUUUCCCGUUUUGUGUAACUUGAAUGAACAGAUGUCAGCAGCACUAAGCUCUCUUCCAACCAGCUCCACACAUUCACACUGUCAGCUUUGAUACGUAUAAUAUU